AUUUCUUGGGUAAUUGAUGGACAGUGAUGUUGCGAGUGAGAUGUUGGGCGAACGCGAUUGCCACGAUUGCCGUUGGAAAUACCCAUCAAAAUAACUCGGAAUAUUAUGAAGCAAAAGCUUGAGUAGUGUGAAUAUUUUUUUCGAAGAAAAACGUCAUUGAGCAGCAGCACCAGUUGUCUACCUCUACCUGUGAUGUCAAUGCGUCUUCACCCCGAGAGUUGAUGAGGGCAAUAAAUUACCUUGAAGAAUAUUGUUCUCUACAGUUUGCAGUAUCGCUGUAGUUCAAGGUGCUAGCGCGCUACGUGACGCGUAUUCGCGGAAGCGAUAAUCAAAUCGGAUCUAUUUUUGGAUAGAACAUUAUAAAGUGGCCUAAACCCUCAUUUUUCUUUCGAGAGAGCGAAAAAAGGGUUGUUUCAAAUGCGGGAAACUAGGUCAAUAUCAUCAUAAUUCGAAGGUACGAGAAAAUAACUGACAGAUGAUGCCGAAUCCGUCUCAAUAUUAUGGAAUGCCGAAUGGCCAUCCUUCGUCUGCCAAUGGCCUACAGCAGCAGAUACAGCAAUAUCAAAGUUAUCCGCCGUCAUCGCAACAGCAACAAGUUAUGCUGGCCCAGCAACAGUAUCCAGUGAAGAAUGCCAUCAACAACGGUCCCCCAAAUGCGGCAGCAGCGGCGGUGGCGACAAGUGUCUCGCAGCCACAUGGAGUGCAUACGGCACCUCCUUUACAGAAUGGACCUUCAAUGGUACAGAACCCGCAGGUUAACACUAAUUUGCCACAGCAGCAGCCGCAUAAUCGGAUUACAAACUUAAUUUAUAACGGUAAUAGUGCUGUCUCUUCAAGAACGUCGUCGCCUUUACCCGUUAAUAAUUCGAUACCAGCGUCACAGAUGCCACCAUCAGUAAGCAGUCGAUCUAACAUCUAUCCAGCGCCUUCUAGUCAAAGUCAGCAACUCGGCAUGCCUGUAGUAAGUAGCAACAGUUUAAGCGCCAACAAUAACGGGACAGGUGGUAACAAUACUAAUUUUGUUAACACGCCUCCUAAGACUGCAUCCGGCCUAUCUACUCCACUAAAUUCGUCCACGCCUAAUUUGAGUCAGCCGUCGUUGAAUGGUCCCGUUAGUAAUUUGACAACAAGUAUGCAACAAUUGAACGUUAACCGACCCCCUUCGGCACAGCAACAGAUUAAUGGAGCCGGAAUUCCACAGAAUCCGGUGCCAUAUGGCGGUUAUCGAUCGCAAACAACUCAACUGCCCCCCACGAAGCAAUCUAACGUUCAACAAACGUUCAGUAUGCCACCUACAAGUGCAUAUGGUCAGCCACCUUUGCACAGUAACCAAUAUGGUCAACCUCUGAAUGGCAAUCACCUACCCAAUAACUCAGUACCAUCGCAGUCCCAACAGCAGAGUGUUUCUUAUCCCAACAUUUCUGCUCAAUCGGUUGCUGGUUCGACUACAGCCUCCGCGGUAACUCCCGUAAUGUCUGCAACACCAGCGUUAAAUAAGAGGCCUCUCUAUCCCGCACAAACAAUGCCUCCAGCACCAACCUACCAAGCCCCCGGCUACAACCCAAAUCAACAGGCCCCGUACCAGGCUCAGCAGUAUCAGCCCCUUUAUCAGCAAAGUCAUCAACAACAGAAUCAUCACCAACAUCCACAACAGCAGCAUCCUCCAAGUGCCAACCUUCAGCAACAGCAUCCGGAUCCCCAGUACAGUGUAUUGAGAAGCGGUUUCAACAAGCUUUGGGGUAAUAACACUGUGGAUCUACUUCAAAAUAGACACAUUCUUCCAACGGAAAAAGUACGACCGCCCACGAUCCAUUUGAACCAACCAUUCCAUGAGGCAACUAACUGCAAUCCAGAUAUUUUCCGGUGUACACUUACUAAAAUCCCCGAAACGAAUCAGUUGCUACAGAAGUCCAGACUUCCGCUUGGGGUGUUGAUACACCCAUUUAGAGAUUUGAAUAAUCUGCCGGUGAUCUCCUGUAACACGAUUGUUCGCUGCCGGGUAUGCCGAACCUACAUCAACCCAUUCGUGUUUUUCGUCGACAGUAAAAAAUGGAAGUGCAACUUGUGUUACCGAGUUAACGAAUUACCCGAGGAAUUCCAGUUCGACCCAGUGACGAAAACAUAUGGAGAUCCAACCCGACGACCUGAGAUCAAAUCCAGUACGAUAGAGUUCAUUGCUCCUUCGGAAUAUAUGCUGAGACCUCCCCAGCCGGCGAUUUAUCUAUUCCUGCUGGAUGUCUCAUCUAUAGCACAACAAACUGGUUAUUUGCAUACCGUUUGCAACACGCUCGUCGAUCAUUUGGAAAGUUUACCGGGUGAUGCACGAACUCAGGUAGGCUUCAUAGCGUACAACAGCGCGAUUCAUUUCUACAACAUCGCUGAGGGAUACAGUCAACCACAUGAAGUUACUGUGCUGGAUGUUGAAGAUGUAUUCCUACCAUAUCCGGACAAUUUACUGGUAAAUCUGAAGGAAUGCAAGGAAUUGAUAAAAGAUCUAUUGACGCAACUUCCGAAACGUUUCGAACACACGCAUGACACACACAGCGCUCUCGGUGCCGCUUUGCAGGUGGCUUUCAAGUUAAUGAGUGCUUCCGGUGGUCGAGUCACAGUGUUUCAGUGCUGUCUACCAAAUUACGGACCAGGUGCAUUGCAGUCAAGGGAGGAUCCGAACAAUCGUUCUUCUAAAGAUGUGGCCCACCUUGGGCCAGCGACUGAUUUCUACAAGCGCCUGGCGCUUGAUUGCUCCGCCCAACAGAUUGCUGUUGACCUGUUCUUACUAAAUAGCCAAUACUGUGAUCUCGCAACAAUUUCUGGAAUCAGUAAAUUCAGUGGUGGGUGCAUGCAACACAUCCCACUGUUCAGUGCAGCGAAGCCCCAGUUAGUGAAAUCUUUACAGAAAUGUUUCGAGCGGUAUCUCACGCGUAAAAUUGGCUUUGAGGCUGUCAUGCGAGUGAGAUGUACUCGAGGGCUGGCAAUUCACACAUUCCAUGGUAACUUCUUCGUCCGAUCAACGGAUCUUCUUUCGCUGCCUAACGUCAAUCCAGACGCUGGAUUCGGAAUGCAGCUAACCUAUGAAGAAAGCUUGGCUGAGUGCAAAACGGUAUGUUUCCAAGCGGCGUUGUUAUACACCAGCAGCAAAGCUGAGCGAAGAAUUCGUGUCCACACACUUUGCAUACCGGUCACGUCCAGCCUUUCGGAAGUGAUGUAUUCGGCCGAUGCGCAGUGUAUUGUUGGGCUGUUGAGCAAAAUGGCCGUUGAUCGAUCACUGAGCUCUAGUUUGUCCGACGCCAGAGAUGCCUUCAUCAAUGCGACUGUUGAUAUUUUCAGCGCAUUCAAGAUUGCGCAAAAUUUGCCCCAGAAUUCCGGAACCAUCGUAGCGCCAGAGAAUCUCGCAUUACUACCACUGUAUAUUCUAGCGAUGUUGAAGCAUACUGCCUUCAGGGUUGGAACCAGUACCCGUUUGGAUGACCGAGUGUUCGCCAUGAGUGAAAUGAAGACCAUGCCGCUGGACCAGCUGAUAAGAUACAUUUAUCCGGACUUUUAUGUGCUCGAUGAGCUGUUCCUCAGUGCUUCUCGGGAGACAACGGAUGGAGAAGCUCAUCUGGUGGAGCCUCCACGGUUGCAGCUGUCUGCUGAAAAGUUCGAUUCACGAUCUAUGUUUUUGCUGGACUGUGGCCCCGAGAUGUUCAUCUACGUUGGAUCGAAUGUGGCACCAGCGAUCUUGAGUGACAUUAUAGGAGUGAACUCCGUUCCGGAGAUUCCCGAUUUCUGCAUUGAUCUCCCAAGUCGGGAGACGGCCGCAAGCGAGGCACUGUUUGCAUUUAUCGACAGUAUCAACGAGGAGAAGCCGUACUCUACUUACAUACAGGUUAUCAGGGAUACGAGCCAAUUCCGGUCGUUGUUCGUGGAAAAGUUCGUCGACGAUAGGAAUCAGAGUUCGCUGUCCUAUUACGAAUUUUUACAGCACUUAAGGACCCAGGUAAAGUAAGCUAUGCUUGCCUAAGUGCUUACUAAGACGAGGACAUAGUGAAACAUGAAGUUCAGCAUAGCGUCAGGAGCACACUAUAUAAUAAAGGCAUGAUCAAGCGGGAGAACGGGGAAAAAGUUAGUAAUAACCAUAUGAGGAAACAGGAUAAACAAUUGUAGUAAAUUAUGUAUAAUAAACAAUGUGAGACCCAUUUAAACCUUGCAAAUCGUUGGUUGAAAGUGUAAAAAAACAUAGAUAUAUAAUAUAAAAAAAUAUAUAUAAAUGCUAGACUACUUUAAACGAAAAAAACACUCACUUUUUGUUGACGACUGCAAACAUUCAAUUUCAUUGUAACAAAUAAACCGAAUUAGGACAACAGCGAGAAGAUGAAUAGAAUCAAUUAUUUUUUUUCUCAAAACAACCAAAUUUAAAUAAGUGAAACUAAAAAGCUUUUCCCAAAUCAAUACGCGUCAACUGUUGGAGGGAGAAUCAAUUUUUAAAUUAAUUAGGAUAUUUUGAGAAUAAGUGCGAUAAAAUGUGUGUGUGACGGGAAACUAUGCACCUGAAAGAAGGUUGUACGAUCUAAUUCUUCUCAUGCUUCAAUAAUGAAAAACACAAACUAAAUUGAUUUAGCAGAUACAUUUGAACCCGGGCAUUAUCAUAAUUUUCUUGGUGGCUAUAUUUAUUUAAAAAAGUGAAUGAGUGAAUGUUGUUACGUCAUGUUUUGCUCUUCGAACAAAAUUAUGAGUAAUCAAAGCGAAGGAUCAUAGCAAUAAACCACAGAGAACGGAGGGAUUCCAGCUAGCGUUGAAAACAGUAUAUCUUAAUAAACCCCAAAGUAAUCAAUACUAUUUUGCAUGUUUGGAUUAGUUUGUAUCGUUAUCAUUUAGUAAGGUUAAAUGCUUCAGUGAACUGUUGAUUUUAGUCGAUGGUUUUACUUCUGCUUGAUUGAGUUAUUCGACCCAAGCUAGAGGCUAGAGGAAAGUGAUCACAGAUGUUGAGGAGCGCUUGAAGUAUCUGUGUACGCGUGUUGGUUACAAUUGAUUCUUAGGAACAUAUAAAAUGAAAUAUAUGAAAUUAUGACCUCGAGA